AUGUCCUACAUGGAUCGUUCGCGAGGACCCUCGCUGCCAUCACCGGCUCCGAAUCCAGACAAGCCCCUAGAGCCUCCGCAACGCUUACGGCGCAAGUUGCAGAAAACGUUUCCCAAACAGAGGUUCCUGUCCAUCCGACGUCCCGCACCUAUCGAUCCGUCAGUGUCAAACAAACUCAAUACCGGGGUGGCAGUGGCUGCCCACCAAGCCGGAACCGUCGGUCAACCUUCAUUACGUCUGUCGCCAGACCUCAGCGAUGCCAAAUGGCAUCAGUAUCUGGGGGAGAGCAACGCAGUGCAUGACACACCGAGCACGCCCAAGACGCCCGACAAAGCAUCUAGAGGCGUUUCCUUCGACAUGUCUGCCCCAGCCUUGAUACCAGAGUUCUCUCACCUCGCCGUCAGCAAUACAACACCUAGGCCAUCCCUCGACAGCUCGCUCAGCUCGCCGACCUCGUCAAUAAGCACGAGAUCAAGCAUGAGACGCCGCGCAAAGACUCCCAUCUACGCCAUCGGCCAGCUGGAGAGCCCUGCAUGCGGCAGGGAUUCCGCCACUGCUGACAAGGUGUCGAGCGUCGACCUCAUCGCCGACCAGUACCGCGCUCUCCUCGAAACACAAGACGCGAGCUCAGUUUGCACCGGCGCCCGAUCCGAUCCUCUGCCCUCGCGGCAAGUCUCACGUAGGCGGUCCUCUCUUGCACCAUCACAACAUAUAGCCAGAGAGACACUCCCCGCCAAGCUACUGCCUGACGUCUACAAGCCGGCACCCCUGCGCAACGUCGCGGCGCACUCCCCGAGAUCCGACGACGGCACUCUGGUUGCUUUUGACGAAGAAGCGAUAUACUUCAAGCCCAUGUCCUUCUCGUCAGAGUCUCCUUCAACGCCGUCGUCAGAGUCGUCGUCGCCGCCACCGCCGCCGCCGCCGCCACGGAACCGCGCCCGCCUACAGCGCAACUCUUCAUCCUUAGCACCAUCGAACCACAACCUAAGCUUGCAAAUUGCCACAGACCUUCUGACGCGCGAGCUAUCAACUACCAUGUUGGACCGGUCGCAACAUAUGGGGACGGACAUUUCAUCAUUACAGAUCUGGGUUAUGAUCGAAGCCUACGAAAGACUGCGGGACCAGGUCAUGGAGAUGAGCCAGCAAAACGAAGAUACCAAGAACAUGGAGGCCAUGUUCGACACUUGGCUGCGAGCACUUUACAGUAUGCACGAAAGAAUGACCAGCGAUGCGGCAUCCCGCGGGAGUCGAUACGACGAGGCAGAGCUGGAAACGGAGGAUUUAGACUGA